AUGGACCAAACUCAGCUGUUGGACUGGCAUGGGGAGAGUGAUCCUGAAGAGCCUUCCGAUGGGGCUGGGGAUUCUGGGGAGAGCCCCAAACCUGUGGGGCGCCUCCACCUUCUGAGGAGCAAGUAUGGGCCUGAGAAGGAUUUUUGGAUCUACCAGGGGAAGAAUCUCAUUGGCCGGCACGACAGCUGUCAGAUCUGCUUGCCCGUCUCUUCCGUUUCCAAGGCUCACGCAGUCAUCGAGGUCCCCUCUCCCGACGGACCCCACCUUUUGUACGACCAGGAGAGCCUGAACCGGACCCGGCGCCAGCGGAUGGUGUUGCUCCCGCAUGUCCGCUACAGCCUCCAGGAUGGGGACACUUUGGUCUUUGGGGAUGUGGGAUGCCAGUACUUCAUGCUUGACCCGCAGGGGGCCCCCGAAUCCCCGGAUGACUCCUUGGAGGUGCCACCCACCCAGCCAAGAACGGACACCAGUGGCCUGGUCAUUGAGGAGACGCCUGUGCCAGGGAGGAAGAUGGGCUUUGGGGCUUUCCUGGUCCAGGAUUCAGACAGAGAAGAGGAAGGCGAGGAAGUGGUGAAUGGUGUGGGCAAGAUCCAGUAUCUCCCAGUGGAUGAUGGGUCUGAUUCCUCUACCAAACACGGUGCCAGAGGACACUGCAGUUUGGCCUCCUCCAUGUUGUUGUCGCCCUCUGCUACUGUAGUACCUGAAAGUGAUGAAGAAAGCGGCGAGCCUUUGGAAGGUGGCCCAUCUUGUCCUUCCUUGCGUCUGCGCUACGAGAGCGACGAUGCUGCGCCCCGUUCUUUGGCAAACGGCGCUGUUACUCCUCUUGAGCAGGAAAUGCAUCCUGUACAGCCAGGAAGUGCAGAGGCAAAAGUUCCUCCAGACUCUGGAAGGCAACCAGGAGCUAAAGGCCAGGGUGCUUCUGCGGAUCCGAGCCUCGUGGACUUCCAUCUGGACAGUGAUACAGAUAUGGAAGACGAAGGGGUAGAGGGUACCACUUCUGAAAGACCCCCGGUGAAGGAUGACUUUGCUCUAGAACUGGGCAGCAACACAGACGCCGAGCAACCGUCGGUGGUGAAUCCAGGGUCUGCAGACAACGGACAAUUAGCAAAUGACAUUGACAGCGAUACAGAUAUAGAGGAGGCGGAGAAGAACCCAAGUGUUUUGGACUUAAAGGCUCAUCAAGUCACCGAAAACAGGGACAGCGAUAUGGAUGCAGAGGGGGCAAUGGACAGCCCAGGUGUUGCAUCUCCUGAAAGCCAGGAGUCCAGUCUCAGGGGUGAGAACAGCCGCGAAGGCGAGGAAAGGGCUGGCAGCAGUCCAGGAGGUGACCGGCCUCACGAGGAAGUGGACAGUGACACGGAUGUGGAAGCAGUAGGGAAUCCAGCCGCGGGUUCUAAGAGCCAGCUGCCUGCUAAAAGUGAGGACGAUGAUACCGAUGCGGAAGAGCAGUCCUUUGGGGCAGAGAAUCAAGAGGGGAUUCCGAAAGACCACAAGGCUUCUAGGGACAGCGAUACUGAUGUGGAAGUGGAUGACUUGGAGCCAGGGAGGUUAGGUGGGGCCCAUCCCCACAGCCCACAGCCUGCAAGAAAUAAAGACAGUGAUGCCGAUGUGGAGGAAAUCAAGGGGAUUGGCCUGCAGGGUAACAGUGAUGUGACUGACAAUGCAAGAGGGGCAAAGAAUACCGGCGUUGAACCCCCAAAGGGUUACGGAGCUGCUGGUGAACAGUCCGCGGGCUCGGAUGUGAGAGAACCCAUUGUAGAUACCGAGGCUGUAGAGCAACUGACCUCUGCGCCUCAAAAUCAACACCUGCUUGCGAUAUCGGUGGAUAGUGAUACAGAUGUGGAGGAAGCUGCUGAGAAUCCAAACGAGAGCUCAGAGGAAAACUGCAAAGUCACGAGCAAUGGCCCCAGUGGAGGAAACCAAGGCAGCUGCUCUGGGAAUCUAGAGAUUGGGCCUGGGGAAGAUGAGGACAGCGAUCCGGAUGUGGAAGUGACUUCUCCAUCCCCCAAGACCUGUGCAGCUCACAACAGCGAUACAGAUGUGGAGGUGGUGACCUCGGCAUUGCCGGGGAAACACUUGGAAGAGCAAGAUACUCAGCUGGUCUUUGUGAGACCCUCGGUGGACGGGGAGGGAACAGCUAGCUCUGCAAAGGAACCAAAGGUCUGCUGUGAUCCUUCCAAAGAGGAUGAAGAUACCGACGCUGAAGGAAACGGGUCCCAUCCAGGUGAUGAGAGCGACACAGAUGAUGAAGGUGAUUCUGAUCUGGCUGUCCAGGCAACCCAGUGUUACCUCCCUGCCCAGACUUCCUCUCCCAAGGCUGAGAAGGCAAGAGAUAUGGCAGACCCAAGAUGUGCCCUGGAAGAGGAGGCUACUCAGGCAUUUGUCUUUCGAUCCCCUUCGAGUUUUGCCAAGUUCCAUCCCGGGAAAAUCUGCAGCUCUCCCUUGAAAGACGAAGAUCCAGAUAUUUACAUGCUAGAAGCCACGCAGCCAUACUGCAAGGAGCCUGCAACACUCUCGGAGGAGCCCACGCAGGCGUUCGUUGCCGACGCGGAGGAAGAUACAGAACUGUUUGUCCAACGACCCAUCGAAAGGGGGCAACACCACUCCGAACAGGCGGCACGGCCUGCAGUUCCAAUCUCAGCCACUGGGGGUCGGCAGGGUUCCACCGUCCCUGAAGACCCGGCCCAACCCCACACCGUGGAAGUGUCCCGUCCUGAGCCCGACUCACAACCAGCAGGGGGCGCUGCCGCAGAGGAAUCCCACAAAGAAGAGGCAAUCCAAACGGUCCCCUUGGUGCAAGUUCCCCCUUCCGUCAGCAGUCAACCCUUGGCACCGCUGGAGGUAGACAAGACUUCCGGGAGUGAGGAACAAGUGCAUGAGGCACCCUUUGAAGGGGGAGUCGCUGCAGAAGUGUCACAAUCCCCAGGAGGGGCAGGCCACAUUAAAGGUCAACCAGAAGAAAGGUGCUCAGAGCCGGCUGGAGGAGCAAGGGGUGCUGAGCAGCUGUCACGGCGUGCCACGAAGGAGCCGUCCAAGCCGGUGGCUUUGGUCUCCGAGCAGCGGCGCGGCCUGCGGUCUUCUGCUGCCUCCUCCCCGCCCCCCCUCCCAGAACGACGCAGUCGCCAACGCUGUGGCUGGGCAGGAUCUGCGGACCCUGACGGCUCCCGCGAGUCCGUCGCUCCCCCAGCCAGACGUCGGGGACUGCGGCAGCUCGCCAAUCCCACACGGCAUACAGGGGAGCCAGAGAGGAAGGCGGAAGAAACCAAGGCAGAGGAGGCAAAUCCCGGCAAGACCCCCAGCAAGGGGGAGCCUGCUGUUUCCUUGUGUCAAGGCAGAGUCAGGCGUUUGCAGCGGGGCUCCCGCUCUGCCGCUAAGCCUGAUGGGAAAACGGCAACAGCUGCGGGCAGCCCAGUGACCGAGGAGCCUGCAAGGCCCAGGAAGCGGAGAGUGGCAGAUGCCCCCGAGCCUGUGGAAGAAGAGCAGCUGGGACGUCGUUGGACCCGGUCCAGCAGGCAGUCGGGGGACACCUCAGAGACGACGCUAAGCCCAAAGGAUUCUGGGAAAGGCACCAAGGUUGGGCAGGGGCCUGCACCGUCCGCUCCAUCUUCGGGGAGGAGGUCGCGGCGACAGAGCACAGAGAGCAAGACUGCUGGAGCGACCCAGAGCCGAUCCCGCAGUUCGGUGGCCUCUGCCAUUCCUACGCCAAAGGUGCUGUUCACGGGGGUGAUCGACGAGGAGGGGGAGCGCGUGGUCACGGAGCUGGGGGGCUCUUUGGCGGAGUCUGUCCUCGAUUGCACCCACCUUGUGACGGACCGCGUGUGCCGCACGGUCAAAUUCCUGUGCGCCCUGGCACGGGGCAUUCCCAUCGUGACCCUCGACUGGCUGGAGAAGAGCAAGCGAAACUCUUUCUUCCUGUCACCAAAAGGCUUCCUCGUCCGAGACCCUGAGCAGGAGAAGAACUUUGGGUUCCGCCUUGCCGAGUCCCUUCAGAAGGCCCGGCAGAAGGGAGGCCUGCUUCAGGGCUACGAACUCCACGUCACCCCUAACGUCAAGCCGGAGCCUGAGCACAUGAGAGACAUCAUUAAGUGCAGUGGGGGGACCUUCUUACCCAGAAUGCCUCGGGCCUACAAGGACAAACGUAUCGUCAUCUCCUGCCCCGAGGACCUGCCCCGCUGCAAACCAGCACAGGAUGCCGGGGUCCCCAUCGCCAACUCGGAAUUCAUCCUGACGGGCAUAUUGCAGCAGAAGGCUGACCUAGAUGCCCACCGCCUGGGCGGAGUGGGCGCCCCCUCCCUCGCCAGUCCCGCCGCUUCCGCAACGAGGGCCAGCAAGAGGAGAGCAGCAGUGGCCACAGCUCCAGCACCACCGAGCACUGCAAAGCGACGGCGCUGA